GCUUAAAUGAGGAUGAGGAGGAAGAAGUGGGGAAGUUGGUGAGGAAGGGGGGGGGGAUUUACUGAACAUCAUGGACCUCACUAGCGCACAAUGCAUAGAAGCUGCUGAGCUCUAUGGGCCAAGCGCUUUAAGUAAAGUUGAAAUGGACAAAUUUUUGGGCGCUGCAGGAGGAGCGGCCAUCCUUAAGAAGACAAGGAAAAAGUCAAGGACUUCAACCAAACAAGUGGAUGAAGGAGGAGUUGGAAAGGAGGUAGUGCCCAGCAUUGUAGCCGGAGUGGAGGAGGAGGAGCCAGAGCUGCAGCCUCCUCUUGUUGAGCUUGAUCCUGAGCUUAGGGAAUUUGAGGAGGGGGCUGAAGUACGAGCCCCUGGCAAGGGAAAGGGCCUUGUUCCCCCUCUAUCUUUUCAGAGCAGCCUGUUUGAGGCGAAGAACAUGACGGGGGCUAGGAGGUUUAUCAACACCACCUUCCCCGAAGUGGACAAGCAUCAAGCACGGGACGAGGUUCUCAGCGUGAAGGAGUGCUCCCUCUUACAGAGGCAGUGUGACCAGCUGCAGAAAGAGAAGGAGGAGCUGGAGAAGAAGAAUAAAGACCUGCAAGAGGCGUUGAAUGAGGUGGUUCCCAUUGUGAAACAACUGGAGCAGGAGAGGGCUUCCCUGAGCACCAAAUUCGCUGUUGAGGAGAGCAAACGAAGGAUCUUUGAAAGUGAGUGUGAGGCUCAAGCGAAGGAAAUAACACUGAUGAAGGAAGCGUACACGGAGCUAAAGAAGAAUGUGCAGCUGCUAGUGCACAAUGGGAUGGAGGAGCACAUUAGUAACUUCAUCAGCUCCAGCUCGUUUAACAAUAUUGUCAACCUCUACCGGCUGCCAACUACCAUCAUCGCUUUCAUAGACUGUAGAAAGAAGGUGAAAGCUGAAUAUCCCGAGAUCAACCUGAGAUGGGAACAUGAUGUAGACGGGCGCACUGUUUUCCCUCCAAAUUUCGACUUCGAGUUCGUUGCAGUGGAGGAAGAAGAGGUAGAGGUAAAGAAAGAUGAGGUGGAGGCAAGAGUGGAAGGGACUGAAGUGGGUGAGAGCCAACCAACUCCAGAAGUGGAGAUUCAUCCAGUCCCUUCUGAUGAUGAGCAACCUCCUCUACCAGACGAGUAGCAGCUAACACAGCCACCUCUUCCAGCUGAGCAGGAGCCAGUUGAGCCACCUCCCUCAACAGAGAAAUAAUUUUUGUUUUUUAAUUUUUGUAAAAACAUUUAAACAAUUUGUAAUACUGUUAUUAUUUUGAAUGAAAUUUCUGUGUUGAAAUCAUAUGUUGUGUUUGCUUUAUAAUUUUGUUAUUUUAUAAUAAUAGAAGAACUGAGACUACUUUAUAAAGGAAAGUUAAUCAU